AGAGCCAUCCUUGUUCAGUCCAGUUAGAGAAGAGACACUCAGCUUGGCAGACCUGACGUACCCUCAACUCACCCACCUCCAUCAUGGUGUGUCCAGGUGUGCUUAAAGGACUCUUCCUGUUCUCUCUGAUCUCCUCUGGGGUAUCAACACAGGAAGUGGAUCAGAACACUCUUCAUAAAAUCAUUCAAUUCAUUGACACCAAUUAUCAACCACCUGGAAAGAAUGACAAAGGUGUUCAUCUCCAGUAUGCUGCAGCUAUCAACGUCCCGGCAGACCAGUGUGGGCCUGGAUUCAGUCAGGACAACUUCCUUAGUGAAGAUAGCGCAAAAACAGUCAAGGAGGACCUUGAACAUAAACAUCUCUACAUGGGAUCACAGCUGGUCGCUGCCACACCAAAAGAACCCGGACAAACGAACGCAGUCCACUCAGAGCGUGCCUUACUCAUGUGCGAGUACAGCAAUGAUGGUGUUACUCCUAUGCAAUACCUGCAGAAUGAGAACAAAGAUGGCUGUGUGGUGUUCUACACCUACAACUCUCCGUGUCUGAAGCUGUGCCUGAACGAAGCAAAAGAUAAAGAGGCAAAGGAGGCGAUGGAAAAAAAGAUACAAUUGAAAAGAAGAAAAAUCCCAUCCCUUGUGCAGAAGUGCAUAUUGGGGUCUCUCAGUGUGCUGACCGAUCACGUUGGUCCCAAGGCCUUUGUGUUCAGUAGGGUAUACAUUGAAGACUUAGAGUCCGAAGCACUGAAAGCUGCCCUGAAGGAGGUUGCUGAUAAAGUCCCCCUCUACAAGUGUGAUGCCAACUCCUGUGUCAAGUGCCUGGACAACGGUCAGAUUAUCGAAAAAUGUUUGUCUGAGACAGAAACAUGACACUCAUGUCCGGAUGGAUUCUCAUCGUUUUUUCUUUCUUUGAUUAUUAAUGACUUCAGUCUUUGAAACUUGAUUUACAAAACAAUAUUGACAAUCGUCAUUGUUUACUUAAGUAUCCCAGCAACAAGUGCAUGUCAGACUAUCAAGGCUGCCUAACAGGUCUCAGACUUCAGAGGGGUAAUGAUUUCAGUCUUUAAAAAUUAAUUUACUAAUCUACUGUAUAUUAAUACCCUUUGAUUUCUGUUCAUAAUCCAGUUGUGAUUUGUAAUCAUUUACUUAAUAAACAUCCCAGCA